CGUUACUACAUUAUGAAUUCCUAUUUAAGGAAUAAAAAUAUGGAACUAAUAUUUUGAUACUUUCUCAAAAUUUUACUCUUAUUUAAAGUGAUUUCUAAUUGGAUUAUUGUUGUUUUAUUUGUGGUUAAAGAAAGGCUAGCUAUGGGUUCGGACUCGAAGAGGUUGAGAGUGAUGACCACGAAAACUCUGGUGUCCGGCAAGGAGGAGAUCGGAGCUGUUUCGCGCGUUGUAGAUAACAAUAAGAUUGCCGUCACUGUUCCGGUUCCUGCUCCUAGAAAUCCUAUGGGGUUGACCUCUGCACCGGCUCCGGUCCCCUGCCACCGGCAGCUUUUGUUUCAGAAUUACUUGAACUUCAAGCGGAGCGGCGAACCGGCCCGGUUCAUGCGGUACGAGAACGGCUCGUGGGUGGAUGCCGAGACCGGCGUGUUGGAGGCGGUGAAAUCGGGGUUCGUGAGAGGCAUUUCGGUUGUCGAGGCUGAAAUUGGAGUCUCCAAGUGUCUUUUCGACUUGCACCGGAUGAUAGAAAUCGAUCUGGGUACGGGGAAUUUCCGAUCAAUUGCGUGGAUUGAUGUGAAAGGUGCGUGUUUUUUCCCAAAAUCUUCUGUGAGCUGCUAUAAUUGUGAAAAGGAUUCGGUUGAUUUAGAAGAGAACUCCAGUGAGAUCCGGAAUUGGGUUUGUCCAAAAGUUGAAAUUGCGAUUGAGAUUACUGGAAAUUUCCUGAAGUCGGCCAAGAAUUCCAAUGAUAACGAGGUGGGAUUAAACAAGCGAAAGAGGGAGAGCAAGGAACCUGAGAUGGAGGACACGUUUGAGGGAAGUUCAUCCAACUUUCAGGCGAAAGGGGAACAUGUGGAAGAGAGUGAAUUUGUUUCUCCCAGGUGGCCGAAAACGAGGAUGCUGGGGGAGCAGGAGAAAGGGCAUCAGAUUGUGAGGAAUUUGUUUGCCCAAGGUUUGGCAGUUGUGGAACCAGGUGCUGCAAUCACUGCCAUUCAUCGUGUUCUAAGAGGUCCGUUGGAGAAAGAUCAAUGUGAUGCCUUCUACAGGGAGGCAGAUCUUGUGAGAGAGGCUAGGGGGAACCCUAAUGUAGUUUUGGCUUGGUUUGGGACUACAACAGAGGGUGUGGAGAGAAUCAUGAGUCAUGGGUUUGGAGCACACGGAACAGGGACCCUAGGUGUUGGUUUAUACCUGUCACCCGCUCGAUCACCUAGAAUGAGUGCAAUGAUGGCUCAAGUAGAUGAAAAUGGUGAAAAACAUAUAAUUUUGUGUCGAGUUAUAUUGGGGAAAUGUGAGAAGAUAGAGGCAGGGUCUUUGCACUGGAGCCACUCAAGAAUUGAUUUUGAUACGGGCGUGGACGAUCUGAAAGAGCCACAAUGGUACGGUGUCUUUAGCGCCAAUGCGAACACCCGCGUUAUACCGGAGUUUGUUCUUAGCUACAGACCUGCUAAGGGUGUUCCAGGUUGCACAGAGAGGGAGGUGUUCGUAAGUGGUAGAAUGGUGAAGUCAAGAAAAGAACAUGGAACAUGGCAUAAGUGAAAGAUGUAAAUAUUUUCAUCGAACCAUUCAAUGGGCAUUACAAUUUUAAUGUGGCAACACCAACUAGAAAGUGUUUUACCUUGGGAAGGAUAAUCAAGGUCUCGAAGGUGAAGACUUUUCUGCCUCUGCCGGAAUGACAAGUAGGAAUAACUGGUGGAUGAAGAGUGUGAAGAUUUGAAGAGUAUGAAGAAUGUGAAGAUUUGAAGAAUGUGAAGAUCACAACUAGCCUUUUCCCUUGCAAAUAAUAAUCUUCAGGAGGUUCUUUACUAAACAGAUUUGAUAGAAACCAGAGUUUACUAAACAGAUUUGAUAGAUACCAGAGUAUUUGGUAGAAGUUGGAAAGCCAAUACAAGUCAAAGUCAUUGACAAGUAGGGUGCGAUUAAAUGUCGCAGAAGGUGCAAACUUUAAUGGACAACCAAAAAAGGGGGAAAAUGACUACAAGUACCUCAAGCGAAAUAACUUCUGCGUAUAUGAAAUGUGCCCCAAACGAUGCACGUGGAUUUUAUGUAAAGCUGAUUACAAAGUUGAGAAGCACUCUUCCCCCUCCAAAGCUGCACGAGUUGCAAACCCUGUAUUGCUCAUGGAAGGAUGGGAAACUAGGAAAAGACGGUUUCAUGAGAGAAUUGGGAUCGGUUAUUGGUGGCGAGAAGCUCCGCUCCAUUAUUCAGGAAAUUCGUGGUUGAGAGAGGUUUUUCUUAGUGUAGUUUUUUUAUAUAGUUGGAAUGAUUUUGAAAAUGUUAACAAAGAAUCUUAUACACGACAUGAAAUCUAGAGGCAAGCCUUAGGAAUUGAGUCUUGCUUUUGAAUUCUAAAGUUUUUUUUUCAUAAAUAACUUUUGUUAUA